AUGGAGAGGGCAUUGGCCAAGGAGCUACCAACCUUAGGCCACAACACCCACAUCCCCCAAGCUAGAGCUAUUGGCACACAUGAUGAGCCCAAUAUCCAUGGGCAUAGAGCUGGCAUCAGAGCACCAGCUGUGGAAAACAACAACUUUGAGAUCAAGUCAAGAUUGAUAAACAUGAUCCAGAGCAACAAGUACCAUGGUCUUGCCUUGGAGGAUCCACUAGACCACUUGGAUAACUUUGAUAAGCUGUGUGGAACAACAAAGAUCAAUGGUGUCUCUGAAGAUGCAUUCAAGCUAAGGUUGUUUCCAUUCUCUGUGGGAGACAAAGCUCACACAUGGGAGAAGAGCCUUUCAAGAGAUUCAAUCACCACAUGGGAUGAGUGCAAGAAAGCUUUCCUCACCAAAUUCUUCUCUACUUCAAGAACUGCUAAGCUAAGGAAUGAAAUCUCUGGAUUUCGUCAAAGGAAUCUUGAAGGCUUUGGAGAAGCAUGGGAAAGGUUCAACAGCUACAUCUCUCAAUGUCCUCAUCAUGGCUUCAAUAUGGAGAGUUUGCUUAGUACUUUCUACAGAGGUGCUUUGCCUAAAUUUAGAAGCCAACUUGAUACUGCUAGCAAUGGUUUCUUCUUGAGGAAAACUGAAGCAGAUGCUUUGGAGCUUGUAGAGAAUAUGGCUAAGAGUGAUUCAGUCUACAGUGAUGAGCAUGAUAAAAGCAACAGAGGCAGUGGAGGUGAUGAUACAAACACAAAGAGAGAGUUGAAGGAUCUACAAGAUAAGAUGGAUUUGCUUCUUUCGGAUAGAGCCAAACAAGAGAAAGUAAACUUUAUUGGUGAGCAGAAACAAGAGGAGACAGUUGUGGUUCAUGAAGUUGAUGGUCUAGAAGGUCAAGAAGAGCUAUGUUUUGUGAAUGCUAAUGGGACAUGGUACAAGAAGGAGCCGAACUUUCAAAUUCGGUCUACACAAGGCAAAGCCGGAUCUUCUACUUCUGCUCCACAAGAGAGUAGCACUGAUGCAAUGUUGAAACAGAUCUUGGAGUCUCAAACUAGAAGUGAGAAGCACAUUGAAUAUGAGCUGAAGAACCUUCACACCAAAGUUGAUGGAAGCUACAAUGACCUCAACAACAAUUUCCUACAACUCUCCUCUCACUUCAAGGCUUUGGAGAAUCAGUUUGCCUCUAUGCCUUCAACCUCCAAGCGCCCAAUGGGAUCUCUACCAGGAAAAUCAGAGCAAAAUUCCACAGAGUAUUGCAAUGUUAUCCUCUCUACUACUUCUUCUGAGAUUGAGUUGAGUGAUCAUGAGAAAGAGGCUGCAGCACAGAUUGUGGAUAAGACUGAACACAAGGCUAUGGAGAGGGUAAAGGCACAAGCUGAACUGAAGGUUGCAGCAGAAAAUCUGAAGAGAGAUGAGCACAAGGCUGAGAAUCAAGUUGAAAGAGAGGCUGUGCAGAGGCUAAAGGAAGUAAAGUUGAAAGGAACCACUGAGGUUGAGCAGUCACCUUAUGAUAAGUUCCCAUUUCCACAAAGGGUCCUCACCAAAGCUCAAAAGAAGGUGAUCUCCAAGUUCAGAAAGGACAUGAGUGCUGUAGGAGUUAAGCUUCCAGAGAUCUCACAUAUGCGUGAUGCUCAUGUACAAAUGAUGCUCAUCAGGGACAUUCUAGCUCACAAAGAAGAAGUAGCAGAGCUUCUAGACAUCUCUACUAUGCAGCUUGAUCCACCAGUCACACCAAAGUCCCUUCCCAAACUAGAAACCCAAGGGAAGUUCACCUUGUCUUGCUCCCUUGGUAAGUUCACACUUGAUGAUGCUCUUAGUCUUGGGAUUGAAAACUUGAAACCAAACACAUCCUUACUAAUGUUUGGGGACUCCUCUUUUACAACUCCAAUUGGUCUCAUCAAGGACUUUCCUUUGAAGAUUGGAGCUUGCACCAUUCCUAUUGACCUCAUUGUUUUAAAGAUGGCAAUUGGGAAGAGAGUCCCAUUGAUCCUUGAAACACCAUUUAUCACAACAGUAGGAGCUUGCAUUGACUUUGCCAACAAGAAGGUCACACUACUCAAUAUGAACAAAGUUGUCUCCUACCCAAUCAAGUCUCCAAUGAUGAAUGUUGAGUACUGUGGAACCAUCACUUGUGGAGAACCUUCCAUUGAAAAGAUUAAGGAUGAAAUGGUUGUUAGUGGAAAAGAAGGUCUUGAUGGAGAGUCCUCUAAAGAAAUGUGUGAUGAGCACUUGGAAAGUACUACAAAGGAGGAGGUGAGUAGAGCCACAAAGACUGCUCAGGACAAGAAGAAGAUGAUGAAAGAACCUCACCCUCCACCUCUUGAUAUGAUGCCACACACUCUCACUCUUCACCCAAUGAAGUUCAAGGAUGGAGCUAUUGAGUACAAGAUCAAAUGCAAGGGAAAGUCUACACCAUUCUUAAGUGCAAAGGCCAUCAUCACUCCACAGCUCCAAGAUGAUCCAAUCAAGCUUCAAGAGCUUCUCUCUCAAGUCCUCACCAUCACUCUUGAAAGUCGGAAGGAUCCUCCUUCUCCACUCUCCGCUUGA